AACCUUAAAGAAGAUGUUUUCUGAUCAUCCUGCUGCUGCUUAGUUUAAUUUAUCCUGACUGUAACUAAUACUAACAGUAUAUUUAUUACCUGCCCUGUAUGCAGUCAAUAAUCCAGUCAGUGUCAGGGCGCCCCCUGCCGGCCAACAGGAGUAAUUACACUUAAUAAGGAUUAAUUGGUUAAGAUGAGUCUUUAACAAAAACUACAAUAACCACAAUGCGCCGCUCUAAUGGGAACCUUUCAGACAGAGAAAAGGUGAUCCAUAGACCGAAACCGGGUCUCUACUAGAUCAGCUGAAGGAGACGGAUUAUAAAGUCACACACACACACACACACACACACACACACACACACGGUCUGUCUCUGCAGCUGGUCCUCCCUCACUGCACAUAAACCGGGUCAGCAGCUGAUCCAGGACAGAUGGGUCUCGGUCUGCAGCUCUCAGUCUUUACGCAGACGGUCUUCAGGAGACUCGGUGCAUGGAGGACUCGGAUCUGGGAGGAUCGAUGCAUGGUCCAGGGGGGCAGAGCGGAUCACACGUCAGAGGACACAUUGAUGAUCGGAGUCAAAGUGCAGACAGGAAGCUGCUCCAGUAUCAGCGCCAUCAUGGAGCGGGGUUCUGGUUCUGUCCCGGGUCUCAUGUGGGUCCUGAGUGUCCUUGUUUGGUGUUCAGGUCCGGUGCAGUCUCACCCUCAGUGUCUGGACUUUAAGCCCCCGUUCAGGCCGAUCAGAGAGCUGCAGUUCUGCGUCAUGUACCGGGACUUCGGCUGCUGUGACUACGACAGAGACCAGCAGCUGAAGAUCCGGUACUACUCCAUCAUGGACCAGUUCGACUACCACGGGUACGCGACCUGCGCGAGCAUCGUGCAGGACCUGCUCUGUCAGGAGUGUUCCCCGUUUGCAGCUCAUCUGUUCGAUGCUGAGGACCCGAGCACCCCGAUCAGAACCAUCCCCGGACUCUGUCCGGACUACUGCUCCAUGUUCUGGAGGAAGUGCAGCUCCACCCUCCCCCUGCUGUCUGAUGACCCGAUCGUCUCUCGAGUCCAAGACGACGAGUCACGUCUCUGUCGUUACCUAGAGCUGGAUGACCCUGACUACUGCUACCCCCACCUCCUCAGCAACCAUAAACUGACCCAGAACCUGGGCCGGGUCCAGUCGGACUCCGACGGCUGUCUGCAGCUUUGCCUGGAGGAAGUCGCCAAUGGGCUGAGGAACCCGCUUGCCAUGGUGCACGCCAAUGACGGCACGCACCGCUUUUUUGUUGCCGAGCAAGUGGGCCUGGUGUGGGCAUACCUGCCGGACCGGUCUAAACUGGAGAAACCAUUCCUGAACAUCACAAAGGUGGUCCUGACAUCAUCCUGGGAGGGGGACGAGAGAGGAUUUCUGGGACUCACGUUCCACCCAAAUUAUAAGUACAACGGGAAGCUUUACGUGUACUACUCUGUGGAGGUCGGCUUCGACGAACGGAUCCGUAUCAGCGAGUUCCGUGUGUCUGCCAGCGACAUGAACUUGGUGGAUCACACCUCUGAGCGGGUCAUUCUAGAGAUCGAUGAGCCAGCCUCUAAUCACAAUGGAGGACAGCUUCUCUUUGCAGACGACGGUUAUUUGUACAUUUUUACCGGGGAUGGAGGGAUGGCUGGAGAUCCGUUCGGGAAAUAUGGGAACGCCCAGAACAAGUCAGCUCUGUUAGGGAAAGUUCUGCGCAUCGAUGUGGACGACAAUGAAAGAGGUCCAUUGUACAGAAUUCCUCCUGAUAAUCCGUUCAUACAUGAGCGCGGCGCUCGUCCUGAGGUUUACGCAUAUGGCGUCCGCAACAUGUGGAGAUGUUCAGUGGACAGGGGCGACCCUCAGACCAAAGAGGGCAAAGGUCGGAUCUUCUGCGGGGACGUGGGUCAGAACAAGUUCGAAGAGAUCGACAUCAUUGAGAAAGGUCGAAACUACGGCUGGAGAGCCAAAGAGGGAUUCUCCUGCUACGACAAGAAGCUGUGCACCAACAGCUCACUGGACGAUGUCCUGCCGAUCUAUGCCUAUCCUCAUAAGAUGGGGAAGUCAGUGACCGGUGGCUAUGUGUACCGUGGCUGCGAGUAUCCUAACCUGAAUGGCAUGUACAUUUUUGGAGACUUCAUGAGCGGGCGUCUUAUGACUCUACAGGAGGAGAGGAGCUCAGGUGAUUGGCUGUAUAAUGAGAUAUGUAUGGGUCGGGGUCUCACCUGCACCUUCCCUGGACUCAUUAACAACUUUCAGCAGUACAUCAUCUCCUUUGCCGAGGAUGAGGCCGGUGAGCUGUACUUCAUGUCCACUGGAUUCCCGAGCGCCACGUCUCCUUCAGGAGUCGUGUAUAAAGUUGUGGACCCAUCAAGACGAGCUCCACCACGCCACUGUCACUACGACCCUCAGCCAGUCAGAGUGAAGAGCCACCUCAUCAAGUUUGUCCCUCAGGAGACAUUGAUCGGGGAGGAGCCUCUCAGCAGGCACCGGACAGAGGCUCCGCCCACAGAUUCCUAUGAUUGGAUCCAGGAACUCAUAGAUCGUCUGGGGGAAUUGGAACCAGACCAGACCACAGCUUCGCCAACCACCAGCACCACGAAACCCCCCCGUCACUCAAGGAGGAAGGGCCGCCGCAGGAAGGGAAAAUCCAAAGCGGAGAGUCGAGCAGAGGUCCAGGAGGGAGCAGUGAGGUUGGUGGGGGAUGAAGAGGGGCGGAGUGACCAAGGGCGUGUCGAGGUGUUUGUGGGCGGGGAGUGGGGCACCGUCUGUGACGACCUAUGGACCACCAAUAAUGCAGCGGUGGUCUGCAGACAGCUGGGCUUCAGAUUUGCUCUGAAAGCAGCUAAAAACUCAGAGUUUGGCGAGGGGCGAGACCUGCGCAUCCUUCUGGACGACGUUCAGUGUGAAGGGAGCGAGAACACACUACUCGACUGCAAACACGCUGGCGUGGGAACACAUAACUGCGCCCACUACGAAGACGCUGGGGUGAUCUGUGGAAACUCAGACCACGUUAUACACGUCUGAGCGUUUACAGUCAAUAACUAUGAUCAGUAACAUGUCAAAGUUUUAAUUCAUCUAACACUGUUAAAAACAGACAGUUGUGAUAUUGAUGAUGAACACAGUCAGACCUCAUGACCGCCAGGAGAGGUUAAACAGAAUUCAUCAGGAAAUUAAAAGAUCAUAGACGUAAAAUAAUCUGACUGUGAUUUGUGUCAGCAGAAUAAUAGCAGAGUUUAUCCUCAUAGAAAGAUAAUUAUAUUUUUAUACACUGAACACAGGGAUGGAUGUAUCAUAAAUCAAGACUUACUUGGAUCAAAUGUUAGUAAUCAGAUAUUAUUCAUAUCAGCUGAUUGUACUGAUCAUCUGUAACCCAGCAGGUCUCAUUCUGCAGUAAUGUUUCAUAUAUUAAAGCUGGGGUUGGUAGUCAGAUUUAGAUACACUUUUUGUUAUACUGGUUAAAAUUAUAUGUCCCGAUGGCAAUCAAUACAUAAUGUGUUCUUAA